UCUGCUUCUAUAAACAUUUGUGAAAGACUGUGUAAUAAGUCUAUCCAUGAAAUUUCCUUGCUACUAAAUAUUCCACGGUCAACUGUUAGUGGUAUUAUAACAAAGUGGAAGCAACUGGGAACAACAGCAGCUCAGCCACAAAGUGGUAGGCCACAUAAAAUGACAGAGCGGGGUCAGCGCAUGCUGAAGCACAGUGUGCAGAAGUCACCAACUGUGUGCAAUAGCUCCAAACUUCAUGUGGCCUUCAGAUUAGCUCAACAACAGUGCAUAGAGAACUUCAUGGAAUGGGUUUUCAUGGGCGAGCAGCUGAAUCCA